AUGAUAUUUGAUACAACUGAUCUCGUCUACUAUCUGAUCAGCAUCCCUCUAACACUACUGCUCUGUCGGCUCCUAGUCCCGUCAUUGACCACAACGCGGACGCCAUCGCUGAGGGUACCAGAAGUUGAUGUGGUGGUGGAGUCACGAACGAACACUGGUUCGAAUUCUGUUAAGGAGUCGGUUGAGACUGCUAGGGAGCACCAACCCGCUUCGGAAAAUACUGUCACUGAAACGAAUGAUAACACUGCACGAGUGAAUGAGAUAGCUGCUGCAAUUGGUGGAACAUCCAGAGUCGAGGAAUCAGAGGAAAAGGCGAUGCAUGCCCAAGUGCCUCCAAUUGAGGUGGAGAACAAGUCCAUUAGGAAGAACACUGUAGAGCAACAGCAGCAUGUGGUGACGAGGAACAGUGGAGAGGUGACGGCUCAGGAGGGAGGGGCUCCAGGCUUGGUGUCUUACAAUGGCACCGUUGUGACUCGACAUAAUUACAACCAGCCUACCCCGAACGAAUUCGAGAUCCAGAAGAGCAUCCUUGUCGCUGCUAAUGCACGAUCCGUCAAGGGCCUGCUCGAAAUCGUGGACACGCACGUAACUCAACUGAACUCCGUCAACGUUUCAACUCUAAUACACCGCCUGGCCAGCAUAACUCAGAACCACGAGCAAAGUCAGAAGGCAUUGACUCGCGACCAUCGGAUGAAAAAGGUGCUCCGAAGAGCCGUCGAGUUGGCGCGGAUUUCGAGCUGCCAGUCAUUGUCCAACAUAUCCUGGGCGGUUGGUAAGCUGCAGUUGAGUGAUGAGAAGGAGGUGGUGGAGGCCAUCGUAGGUGCUGCUAAGACUCGACUAGAGCACUUCCGUCCACAGAACUUCUCCAACAUGCUUUACGGCCUCUCCCGAGUUAAUCAUUACGAUAAAGCAUUGAUGGAAAUGGUUGCCAAGAGGGUGUUGGGAACUAUACACAAUUUCAAACCGCAGGAAGUGUCGAAUCUCCUAUAUGCUUACGGACGUCUCAACUGUUUCCACGAGGAACUGUUAAAAGAAAUCUGCGACUGUGUUGCGAUCUUGACGCCUCAUUACGAUGGCCAUGGUAUCGGCAAUAUCAUGUGCUCACUCGCAAGGCUGAAUUAUCCCGACAAGAAACUAAUGGAUAUUUUCGAGAUGGCUUCCUCCAAUUAG